GCGACACUGGUUCCCUUAAAAAGAGUUGGCAAUUUUAGGGGAAUGCAAACAGCUGUAUUGUGAUAAUAUUUUUGGGUAAUGUUACUUUUUAUCCAUACAAUGGAUAAAGGUACAUGAUUAAAGCGAAUUUACUUUACCAUGACCAUAUUACCCACGAAACGGGCAGUUAAUAAUAACGCCAAUGAUGAAAGUAAUGACAACAACGGCGCCAAUAAUACAAAAGACAGAAGUUCGCGACACAGAGAAGAGCACAAUGUAGUGACAGAAAAUCCACCUGGUUCGGCACGUCGACAGUUUACUUAUGGAAACUCUGGCGAAAGGAAAGAUUUACAGAAAUUAUAUAAGGAAAACUCAAUCAGUAAUGUAAGGGAACAACGAGAAAGAGAGCGUCAAAAACAGCGCGAACUAAGAAGGGAGCGUAAACGUGAUCGACAAAGUAAAAGAACUGUAAAGAACGAUAAUAACGAACCUGGCGACUCUUCAGCUGCCGGUGAUAAUGUCGAUGCGGAGCAGUCAAAUGUGAGUGCAGAGAAAAAGGAUUCAAGUUACGUGGAUGAAGAUGGAAGUGGUUGUAAUAGUGAGGACGAGUAUGAUUCGCGACGACCGUUAACAAUUGGUUCUCCUACCGCAGAAGAGUGGGCACGUAGAGAUGCGUACUUUUCGAGAUGUCUACUUAAGUUAGGAUUUGAAAUUAAAAAAAUGCACGAGGACGGCGCCUGUUUAUUUCGAGCCAUCGCUGAUCAAGUGUACGGUGAUCAAGAGCUACACUCUACAGUUCGUUCUCAAUGUAUGGACUACAUUGUGCAGAAUCAAGAUUUUUUUGCACCGUAUGUAACUGAGGAUUUCGACAAAUAUGUUGAACGAAAACGGAGGUGGUAUGUACAUGGAAAUCACUUAGAAAUUCAGGCCUUAUCCGAAAUGUACAACCGGACUAUCGAAGUUUAUUGCUAUCACACGGAACCGAUCAAUAUAUUUAACGCCUCUAGCAUGAACUCUUAUGAACCUAUUCGUGUAUCUUAUCACAGAAUGUGCCACUACAAUUCGAUAACUAAUCCAAAAAAGCCAUCCGUGCUCGUCGGAUUAGGUUUGCCAAAUUACUGCACACGAUGUGAUUUAGAUAGGCGAGAUGUUCACGAUGCUGUACGUCAAAGUGAGGAUAUGUUAAUUGAGCAGACCAUGCUGGAGGACAAAAUUAUGGCAACUGAUUGGGAAGCGACUAACGAAGCUUUGGAAGAGCAAGUGGCGCGCGAAUCUUACAUACAGUUUUAUCGUGACGUCGAAAGGCGUUUGAAAGCUGAAAGCCAUCCCACAGCCAGUUCGGCGGCGGGAAGCAGCUCAACUGUUACUUCAGCAGUUUGUUCUAGUCCCAGAUCAUCGCGUCGUGGCUCAGUCUCUCCAAAAGGUUCCGUGUCACCUAAAGGGAAUUUAUCUCCAAAAAACUAUUGUGCGUCGCCACGAUACUCUAUGGAGACAAAUUCGACCUUUGAAAAAUCGGAAUAUAAUCAAAUACUUUUAAGUGAUAGUACUAAUCCAGCAACUACAUACCAAUCGUAUGGAAUUGAUUCGAAAAAACAUAGUGAAAAUUCAGAUGGAUCUGACUUAAGCAGUUCGCAAGGUGCUUCUAAUUCAAACGAAAAUAGUUACGAACAAGAAGUUUAUACAGAUUGGGAUGAAACAGUAAUGGCGCAAGUGUUGGCCGAAUCGCAAUUAACCUACUUGAAAGAUCUGAAAAGAUGGGUUAAAAAGCGUAAUGGUUCCCCGGGACCAUCUACAUCACAUUAGUUUAGAUUUAAUUUAGUAAGACUUGUGGUAUAUUGAGUGUACCACAAACCGACCCAAUGUAGUAAUUCUUCGGAUAUUUUUUCACCAUGUUGUACUUAUUACUACAAAAUAUUCUGCUCUUUCUAUUGCCUGAUGUAAAUAUAACCACUAAAACUAUGUGUUGAAGUGAUGUUAUAUCGAUUUAUACAAUUUAUUUGUAUCUAUAUAAUUUUUAGCUUUAAUACAUUUUGUAUAACGUUAA